GAAAAUGGCAUUCAAGGCGGGGAUAACUUUUUGUUCUUCCGGUACUCUUUGUAAUCAGAAAUGGCUUCUCUUGACAGGGUAAAAGUGUUAGUUUUGGGAGAUUCUGGGGUCGGCAAAUCUUCCUUAGUCCAUCUAAUAUGUCAGAAUCAGGUUUUAGGAAAUCCAUCUUGGACUGUUGGCUGCUCUGUGGAUGUACGGGUUCAAGAUUACAAAGAAGGGACCCCAGAGGAGAAAACCUUCUACAUUGAACUUUGGGAUGUUGGAGGAUCAGUUGGCAGUGCCAGCAGUGUCAAAAGCACCAGAGCAGUCUUCUACAAUUCAGUAAAUGGAAUCAUGUUGGUACAUGAUUUAACAAAUAAGAAAUCAUCUCAAAAUCUCUACGGCUGGUCAAUGGAAGCGUUGAAUAAGGAUUCCUCUCCAACAGGAGUCAUUGUCUCAAAUGGUGACUAUGACAGGGAACAGUUUGUUGAGAACACAGUGCCUUUGCUGCUGAUUGGAACAAAGUUUGACCAGAUUCCAGAGAACAAACGCAGUGAAGUUCUCACUAGGACGGCCUUCCUUUCUGAAGAUUUUAAUGCAGAGGAGAUCAAUCUUGACUGCACAAACCCCAGAUACUUCGCUGCAGGCACAUCAAAUGCUGUGAAACUUAGUCGAUUCUUUGAUAAGGUAAUAGAGAAAAGAUAUUUUACCAGAGAUUCAACUCAGAUGACGGGCUUUACAGACAGAAAAAGGUUCAACUUUAAAAGUUUGCACUAUGACUGAGUUCUUUGAAUACAACAACAGUGGUCUGUGGUUUUUGUCAUCACAUCUGUGGCUGGGCAUACUAAAACUCACACUCUGACACUAAUAACAAAAACAACCCCACUUCCACCACUUUCUGUGUUAUAUUAUGUUCUGUUGACCUGAAUGUAAACUCAGAGAAAAAAUGUAAUGUAAAUUAUGGAUAAACCUUUUAAAAAUCA